UUGUCAAAAUGGUUAAGUAACAGAGGUGGAGCCAUGGGGCGUGAAUGCCAGCCAGAAGAAAGAAAAGAAAAACUUUGGCCAACUGUCGAAAAACAAGCGAAAUGAAAUUGGUAAAACAAUUGUCAAUGCGUCAAUUUGAAUGGAUUUCAGUUUGCAGGCGACAGACACAUAAAAACAUCAGCCAGAACAAGUGUCGAAAGUUUUCCCCCAAAACAAACUUUCACAAUUGAGAGAGAGAGUAGUCCCUGACAAAACUAGCUAACUACAGAAGAUAGAUCCCCUAAGCAGAACUAUUUUUGGAGAGAUUGUAAGCGAGCAGAGCAGCCCAACCCCCAAAUAUGAACUUCAAGUUUCCCAUAUUUUUUAUAAUAUUCAACUUAUUGUCUAUGGCUUUGCUGAGCAGCGCCAGCUGUCUGCGUGGCACACGCCACAUGUGGCAGUUGCAGCCUACAACAGAGAUGGUCGGCUGUAAUCGUCCAUCAACAAUGCGGUCGGAAUUCGACGACAAUGGAGCUGUUGCUGAGGCAGCAGCAGCACUUGAUAAUGCUUUGACUUUGGGAAAUUUGGUCUAUCAAUGUGCAGCCAUCAACCGUAAGGAGGACCUGAAAGACCAACCAAAUGUGGCCAAGGCAGUUGAACAGCAGAUCAACUACCCACACAAGAUGAACAACACAGAGCAUAUAAAACGCAUGUCUAUAUAAGACAUUUCCACAAGUUUCGUUGUUUGUUCAGAGACUCGUUUUAUAUUUUAUAUGUUAAUAAAGAUUAGAAAGCAAA